UCCGGGGGGUGGCCCGGCAGUAAGCGGGGGCGGAGCAAGAUGGCGGCCGUAACGGUGUUACCGGUCUCCCUCUCGGCCAGGUUUAAGGGAUCCUUUGCAUAUUUUACAAUUAAAGACAGACUGCCCCAGAUCCUCACAAAAGUUAUUGAUACUCUGCAUCGACAUAAAAAUGAAUUUUUUGAAGAACAUGGUGAGAAGGGUGUGGAAGCGGAAAAGAGAGCUAUAUCUUUCCUCUCCAAGCUGCGGAAUGAACUGCAAACAGACAAACCAGUGACCCCUUUAGAAGAUGAGCUGCCUGAUGCUGCUCUGUGGAACCAGUACCUAGACUACCAACGAAAUUUAGCAAAUGGGAGUGGAGAACUGAGUUGGUUUCAAUCCCCUUGGUUAUUUGUAGAAUGUUACAUGUAUCGAAGAAUUCAUGCAGCAUUAGCACAGAACCCACCUAUUGAGAACUUCGACGUUUUUAAGGAAGGAAAGGCUCAAAAUUUCUUUGAAUCCCAAGAGGCAGUUAUUGCCUUAUGCACUUACUUUCAGGAACUUCUUAAAAACAUCAAGGAUCUAGAUGAAAAGCAACUUCAGGAGGAACUUUUUAAGCUAUUGCAGGUGUCAUUGUGGGGCAAUAAGUGCGACCUUUCAUUUUCAGCUGGUGGAGACAGCUCUCAGAAAUCUAGUCCUUUACAAUCCCUGGGAAACCUGUUACCUUACAUUGUGGUGAAUGAUAUGGAAAAAAUUUGGUCACUAUUUGUAAACGCAAAAAAAAGAAAUACAGAAAAAAGUAAUGUUAGAGUUGACAUAGUCCUGGAUAAUGCCGGAUUUGAACUUGUGAGUGAUUUUGUGUUGGCUGACUUCCUGUUAUCGUCAAAGCUAGCUGAUGAAGUCCAUUUUCAUGGAAAAAGUAUUCCAUGGUAUGUUUCAGAUACCACAAAGCAUGAUUUUAACUGGACUGUUAAACAACUGCAGUCAGCUAAUCAUAUGUGGAUGUCUAGAUGUGGGAUAAACUGGGAGGGCAAUUUGAAAAAGGGAGUUUGGGUUUACCAUGAUCACAUGUUUUGGACUUUGCCACAUGAUUUUUCGAGUAUGGCUGGAGUUGCUCCUGACUUGUAUGCUGAUCUACAGAAGUCAAACUUGAUUUUUUUCAAAGGUGACCUAAACUAUAGAAAAUUAACAGGAGAUAGAAAAUGGGAGUAUACUGUUCCGUUCCAUCAAGCCUUGAACAAGUUUCAUCCUGCACCUCUCUGUAGUUUGAGAACACUGAAAUCUGAUACUCAGGUUGGCCUAAAACCUGGCCAAGGGGAAGAAAUUCAGGCUUCUGAACCUGAAUGGAUGGUAAUGGGAAAAUACGGGAUAGUUCAGAUUGAUGCUGCCCUCUAGUUAAAUGGUUCCUAACAUUCUGAAAAAGAGAUUCAGUCUGAGUUUUAACUACUUUGUUCCAUGCUUGGGUUCAGCAAAGAUUCUUUUUUGUUAGCAUUUUUUACUUCCAAGUGAUAUGUUGGUUUUGUUCCACAAGACUUUAAUGUGGUGCAGAAAUUUGCAAACUGUCUUUUAGACAUAAAUCAAUCUGCAUUUCAGUGUAUUUUGCUUUCCUAGUGUCCAAUGUCAGCAAAUGUUUAAGGUGAACAUUUAGUUGCCCAUAAUACUUUUCAUCAGUGAGUAUGAGAGUUUAUGGCUAAGAUGUGAAAAGUCUACUUGAGAAACCAUUUCUGCAAUCCCACAUUAGCAUGUUUGUACUUAUUUCAGGAUAAUUUGUGGUCCACAUGCUAUUCAUUGCAUGAAAGUUAAUAUUCUGGAGAAUGCACAGAUUAAUUCCAGCUAGAUUCUUUGCAAGCCAUUACAGGAUCGUGUUUUAAAGUUGAGAACUGAGUUGACUUCUGUCAAGUUUUUAUUACAUAAGUUUUACUUGCUUCUUGUGUCCGUGGACAAACAGCUUUUGAUGUUUUAAGUGUAAUUUGCUGUACAUUAAGAGAAGAGUCCUUGGAUGAUGCCUUGUAAAUAUUAAUUUAGAAUUUGAAGCUUGAAUUUUAAUUUUAAAAUGCAAGUGGAUGUUGCCAGGAGAGGAGUUGUCCCAUCUGGUAGGCAGAUGAGUGGGACAAAGGACCAUCUCAUUUUAAGCAUGUGGAAGAUACUGUUCAUCUUAGAACUUCCACCAAGGAAAGCACACAGUCCCUCACCCCCCCAACCAACCAACAUACCCAACCAGUUACGUUAAUUUUAGGUUAAAUAAAGAUUUGAAUUAAAGGUGGCCUGUCAGCAGUG